CCUCCUCCUCCUCCUCUUCCUCCUCUUCCUCCUCCCCCCCGCCGCGAUGCCAUCCGGUUUCCAGCAGAUCGGGACCGAGGAGGGGCAGCCCCCCCGGCAGAGGGUUACAGGGACCCUGGUCCUCGCCGUCUUCUCAGCUGUGCUUGGCUCCCUCCAGUUUGGCUACAACAUCGGGGUGAUCAAUGCACCGCAGAAGGUGAUCGAGCAGAGCUACAACAAGACAUGGCUGGGGCGGCAGGGCCCGGGGGGUCCCACCUCCAUCCCCCCGGCCACGCUGACCACACUGUGGUCAUUGUCCGUUGCCAUCUUCUCCGUGGGCGGCAUGAUCUCUUCCUUCCUGAUUGGGAUCAUCGCCCAGUGGCUGGGCAGGAAGCGGGCGAUGCUUGUGAACAACGCCCUGGCAGUCCUGGGCGGGGGGCUCAUGGGGCUGGCCCCGGUCGCCGCCUCCUAUGAGAUGCUCAUCCUUGGACGCUUCAUCAUCGGGGCGUACUCAGGGUUGACCUCAGGGCUGGUGCCCAUGUACGUGGGGGAGAUCGCCCCGACCCAUCUGAGGGGGGCACUGGGCACGCUCAACCAGCUAGCCAUCGUCAUCGGCAUCCUCAUCGCCCAGGUGCUGGGCCUGGACUCCCUGCUGGGCACGACGGACUUGUGGCCUCUGCUGCUGGGCUUGACCGUGCUGCCUGCUGUGCUUCAGCUGCACCUCCUGCCCUUCUGCCCCGAGAGCCCCCGCUACCUCUACAUCAGCCGCAACCUCGAGGGCCCCGCCCGCAAGAGCCUGAAGCGUCUGACGGGCUGGGCGGACGUGUCCGGGGCCCUGGCGGAGCUGAAGGAGGAGAAGCGUCAGCUGGAGCGCGAGCAGCCCCUGAGCCUGCCCCAGCUGCUCCGUAGCCGCAUCCACCGCCAGCCCCUGAUCAUCGCCAUCGUCCUCCAGCUCAGCCAGCAGCUGUCCGGGAUCAACGCUGUCUUCUACUAUUCAACGAGCAUCUUUGAGUCGGCAGGGGUGGGGCAGCCAGUUUACGCCACCAUCGGGGCCGGUGCGGUCAACACGGCCUUCACCAUCCUCUCGGUGUUUCUGGUGGAGCGAGCGGGCCGGCGGACCCUCCAUCUCCUGGGUCUGGCUGGCAUGUGUGGCUGUGCCAUCCUCAUGACCGUCUCCCUGCUCCUGCUGGAGCGGGUACCGGCCAUGAGCUACUCCUGCAUGGUGGCCAUCUUUGGCUUCGUGGCCUUCUUUGAGAUCGGUCCGGGCCCCAUCCCCUGGUUCAUCGUCGCCGAGCUGUUCAGCCAGGGGCCCCGCCCCGCCGCCAUGGCCAUCUCCAGCUUCUCCAACUGGACCUGCAACUUCAUCGUGGGCAUGAGCUUCCAGUACAUCGCGGACGCAUGUGGGCCCUACGUCUUCCUCCUGUUCGCCGUCCUCCUCCUGGUCUUCUUCCUCUUCACGUACGUGAAGGUGCCCGAGACGCGGGGGCGGACGUUUGACCAGAUCGCGUCUGGCUUCCGCCGCACGCCCUCCCUGUUGGACCAGGAGAUCAAGCCCAGCACGGAGCUGGAGUACUUGGGCCCGGACGAGAAUGACUGAGGAGCCGCCGCCGCCGCUGCCGUGGUGGCGGAGGCCACGGGGGAGCAGCCCCUCCCCGACCCUUCCCUCCCACUCCCUCCCUCUGAAGCACUUUAACCUUCUCCGCCCGAGGUCCGAUGGUCCUGGACCAGGGUGGGGGGGGUCUCCCCUCCUGCCAGUGUCCCCUCCCCAGCGUGGAGCCCGUUGGUAUUAUUUAUCUCUUGUGGUUGUGCUUUGAAUUUAAGCUUAGGCCCCGAUCUGCCCCCACCGACUCACCUCCCCGCAACACGCCAUGCCCUAAUCAUUUGCCCGGGGCCCCCGACCCUCUAACUAAAAGAUGGGCGGUGGGUGAUGGGAGAAGGGGGGACACGGACCCCUAAGUCUGGGGAUGUUCACCCAGACCAAGGGGAGUGGAGGAGAAGGGGGAAAGAGAUUAAGUCUCGGACCCCCCUCAAAUCUGAAGCCCCACUCCCUCUCUGCCAUUUCUCACUGUUGGGAAGUUACAGGAGU